AUGGAUAUUUCAACACACCUGGAAUUUGAUGCACAGCAGUACUGUUAUCCAUUAGUUAACACAUCCUGCAUUAAAGGAAGGCGAGCUGUGGCAACUAGGAUUUUUUUAUACAUGCUAUUUGUGAUAGGAAUGACUUUAACAAUUCUUGGGAACUUAUUUGUCAUCAUUUCCAUUGGCCACUUUAAACAGCUCCACACACCAACCAACAUGCUUGUGAUGUCUUUAGCAGUGGCAGACCUGGAGCUUGGAGUGGUUAUGUUUCCUUUGAAGAUGAUCUCAUAUGUGGAAGGCUGCUGGUACUUUGGAGAUAUGAUCUGUUCGAUACACUCCAGUUUUGACAUGUUCCUCACAACUGUCUCAAUUUUUCAUCUGAUUUUCAUUGCUUUAGACAGAUAUCAGGCAGUGUGCAAUCCACUCACUUAUUACACAAGAAUAACAAUCCCCAUUGCAUGGCUUAUGAGUGCCGUGAGUUGGUUAAUCCCAGGUUUAUAUGCCUUUGGCCUUCUUUAUUCACAGGCAAAUGUAAAGGGAAUGGAAGAAUUCCUUUCCUCAAUUAAUUGUUUUGGUAGCUGUUUUAUUUUUCUCAACCCUCUGUGGGGGAUUAUGGAUGCAGUGUUUUCAUUUUUUGUGCCAUGUUUUGUUAUGAUGGGGUUUUACACCAAAAUAUUUUUGGUGGCCAGGGAGCAUUUGAGAAGGAUUGGAGAUAUGAAUAAUAAAACACAUGUAACUGACGAAAGUCAGAGCAAACUGUCUCAAGGUUCUGAGCGAAAAGCAGCAAAAACAUUGGGCAUUGUUAUGGGGGUCUUUGUUUUUUGCUGGAUGCCUUUCUUUCUGCUUUCGAUAAUUGAUACCUUCACUAACUAUGCCACUCCUGUUGUUGUUUUUCAGUUCUUUAUGUGGCUAGGUUACAUUAAUUCAACUUUAAAUCCUAUGAUCUAUGCAUUAUUUUAUCCAUGGUUUAGAAAAACAUUUAAGCUCAUUGUCUUUUUAAAAAUAUUCACUCCUAAUUCCUCAAAUAUAAAGGUAUAUCCUGAAAGAUAA